CAUUCACAGCAUAGAGACUGAGGCUAGUUGCGCUGCGUGGUUGCCCGUGCGCACCUCGACAGCCGCCUUAGCUGCCUUCCAGGUUCGCGAGAUCAGCAAACUGAUCGACAAAUAACCAUGGCAGCAGCAGCGGCAGCAGCAGCAGCAGCGGCUCCUGCGCCGCCUGCAGCGGCGACGGAGCUAGUGGAGUUCCUGAAUCGCUCGUGGACUGCCUUCCAUGCCGUAGACGAGUGUCGCCAGCGGCUGCUGAAAGCGGGUUACCAGCAGCUGUCGGAGCGCGAGGAGUGGCGGCUGGAGGCCGGCGGGAAGUACUUCUUCACGCGCAACUACUCCACUAUCGCGGCCUUCUCUAUCGGGAAAAAGUUCAAACCAGGCAAUGCGUUUUGGAUAAUCGGCGCGCACACGGACAGCCCGUGCCUGAAGCUGAAGCCAAACAGCAAGGCGAGCAAGGCGGGGUUCCUGUCCGUGGCCGUGCAGACGUACGGCGGUGGGCUCUGGACCACGUGGUUCGACCGUGACCUCGGGAUCGCCGGCAGGGUGCUGCUCAGACACGUGGACGGGCAGGAAGGGGGACGGGGAGAGGGGGAAGCAGCGGAGGGAGGAGCGGAGGGGGGAGGGGAGGGUGGGAAGGCGGCAUUGGUGUCUGUGAAGCAGGUGCGGUUGGAGCAUCGGCUGGUGCGGAUUGAUCGCCCGGUGCUGAGGAUCCCCACGCUCGCCAUUCACCUCGACCGGGAGGUGAACUCGUCGGGAUUCAAGCCCAACACCCAGACGCACCUGCUGCCCGUGCUCGCCACCGCCAUCAAGGAGGAGUUGAACCGACCAGCACCUCCCAGUGGGAGUGAUGGUGGGGGUGAGGGCAGGGAGGGGGAGGGGAAGGCGAAGGGCAAGGGGAAGAAGGACGAGCCGGCAGAGAGGCACCACCCCUUGCUGCUGCAGCUCCUAGCAUCUGAGCUUGGCUGUGCCCCGGGGGCAAUAGCAGACUUCGACUUGCAGCUGUGCGACACCCACCCCAGCGCCAUUGCGGGUGCACUCAACGAGUUUGUCUUCUCCGGCCGCCUCGAUAACCUCGCCUCCUCCUUCGCCGCCCUCCAGGCGUUGCUGGCAGCAGGGGAAUCGGGUGAUGAGUCCGAGGAGGCGGAGGGGGGAGUGCGCAUGGUGCUGUUGUUCGACAACGAGGAGUGCGGCAGUGACUCCGCGCAGGGCGCUGGCUCCCCCCUUCUGCUGGACGCCAUUCGCAGGGUCAAUGCUGCGUGCACUAGUGGCGCUGCACCUUCUGAGGGAGUGGUGGAGAGGUCACUCCAGAAGAGCUUUGUCGUAUCGGCUGACAUGGCGCACUGCCACCACCCCAACUACCCUGAGAAGCACGAGGAGCUGCACCAGCCGAAGAUGCACAAGGGGCUCGUGAUCAAGCACAACGCCAACCAGCGCUACGCCACCACCGCUGUCACUGCUGCGCUCUUCAGAGAGAUAGCCACGUGCCAUGGCAUCCCCGUGCAGGACUUCGUGGUGCGCAACGACACGGGGUGUGGCAGCACCAUCGGCCCCAUCCUGGCAUCAGGGGCCGGCAUUCGCACGGUGGAUGUGGGUGCACCGCAGCUGUCGAUGCACAGCAUCCGGGAGAUGUGUGGCACGGAGGACAUCAAGCACAUGGUGGACCACUUCACUGCCUUCUUCCAAGACUUUCCCACGCUCGAUGCAAGCCUUACCAUAGACUAGCUGCUGUAUACGAUCUACUGUACCAGUGUUGCUCAGUAUCACGGCAGCUGUACACCAGCUACUGUGACACAUAGAGGACGUGGUGGGCGUGCCGCAGCUGUCGUUGCACAGCAUCCGGGAGAUGUGUGACACCGAUGAUAUCAAGCACAUGAUUGAUUACUUCGCUGCCGUCAUCCACACUUUGCCAAGUGAUUCAUGGCCUCUUGUAUACAAGUAUUUUAGUGUGGCUUGCCGUGUAACACUGUUGAACCGUAGUAUAAACAACCCUGAACGAG